GGACACACUGGGAACCUAGAGUCUGCUUGGCCAGUCUGUUUCUCAAGGCCUAGAAGUAGGUGGCUCAGCACUUCACUGCACAGGACAUGAGUGGAGAGAAGCAGGACCCGUUCAGGAUACUCAGGAUUCACAGUGACUCAGAGUCAGAAAGCUCUGAUAUUUCUUCUCAGCAUGAUCAGCCAGUGCAGCACCAAUUGGACAGUCCUCACAUACCAUCCCAGGUGUCCCCCUGUCUCCCAGCAUCACAGCUUUGCCCUGUUUAUCAAGAGUUGAGCACUAUGACCCAGCAGCAGCGGGACUUCUGGGCCCUAGAUACCUCCGAGCUCCAGGCCAUGUGGUUUUCAGAGGGGGAGAUCGGUAAAGCAGCUCAGGCUGGCCCAAGCCUCCCACCAGGACCUGUGCUCGGCCAGCCCUGGUUUUCAUCCUCUGGCAGCAGUGAAGUCUGCUCACUCCUCAGAGCAAUUCCUCCUGUUCCAGAUAAGGCAGUGGUCAGGAAGAGGACCCCACAGGGUGCCUGGAAGGUUGGCACACUCCGCCAUGGAAAGAAAGUCUCUGCCAUUGCCAUCAGUGGUUCGACCCAUCACGUGUACACGUGUGGCACUGGCUACAUCCGGGUGUGGGAUGAAAGUGCUCUGCAGGCCUGGGACAAGCUCCCUCAGGCCCAGCUGGACCUGCAGGACCCUCGCGACUGUGUCCUCACCUGCAAACUGUUCCCGGAUGAGCAGAGCCUGAUCACAGGAGGCAAGGCCCAGGCUCUGACUCUCUGGGACUUGGUGCCCACACCCCAGGUCCGCGCGCACUUGGCUUCUACAGGCACCACCUGCUUUUCUCUGGCCAUCUCCUCAGAUGGCCAGAUCUGCGUGGCUUGUUUCAGAGGAUUUGUGGAGAUCUGGGAUUUGCAGAACCAAAUUUUGAUCAGGAAACAUGAAGUCCCCACCUAUGGGUCCCGCUGUGUUGACAUCACAGGCAGUAAGUUCUGGACAGGAGGUGAAGACACCAUCCUCUACUCCUGGGACCUGAGGAGCUCCCAAAAGCUGCACCAGUACAACUUACAGAAUGAGAUCCUCAGCAUCACUCACGACCCCACUGAGGAAUGGCUCUUAGUGGGCAUGAGAAACAGUAAUAUCAUAAUCCUACACACUCAUCGGAUGGAGAAGUUCAAGGUCGCCGUGGAAAGAUACACCUUCUUCCACAACCUCAAAUUUGCUUCCUGUGGGAGCUACUUUGUGACCACACUGGAUGAGACGAUCCAAGGCUUGGUGGCACCUUCUCUGCGACGGUCGUUCCAGGUGCAGGAGUCUUCGGAGAUCUUCUGUUGUGAUUUGUCUGCUGAUGACAAAUAUCUGGUCACGGGCUCGAAGAACGGUGCCUCAGUUUACCAGCUCUUACAUUGAAGGUCCCCUGCCACGGCCCAGAGAAGACCAGUGUGGCCUCAGGGUGCUGGGCAGCUUCAACACUUGCUAUGCCUCAGGCAUGGGCUGGUCACCUGGGCGCACUUCCAGUUUGCCCUCUGGGUUUUUAUUUUAUGGCUUAGAGCUUUUGUUAUUUUUCUACCACUGGGAAACUUUGAGAUAUGGCCUCCAUACUUAAUAAAAUAGCAAAGCUGAA